CUAAGUGUGUUCUUUCGCUCUCCUCGCUUUCUCUCAGUCCUCCUCGGCUCUCAUUUAAGAGGCAGAACCCCGCUUACAGAGAUACUAGCAGCACUACCCGACCCGAACCACCGACAUGGCAACCGCAAGCAGCUCUGGAUUGUCUAGCCUGGGGAGAAAGAAGAAGGCACCUGGGCUUAUGGAUCAGAUUGGAAACUUCUUUGGAGGGGAUAAGAAGAGAAAGAGCAAGGGUUCAUUCCGCGGCCUGUCCUCGUCUCCUGCCAGACCUGCCAAGUCAUCCCCUAGCAAGGGUGGAGAGAACGCUGUCGCGCAUUUCUUCCGAACGAUCGUCUCCCCUACACCUCCCAAGUCUAGGUGGACGGCAAUGACUGCAAAACUAGGCCUGGGCUCUCAGAAGUCAACAGGAUCCUCUAAGGCGAAGAAGGCUGGUGCAGGAGAUAGCGGAACCCUGUCCAAGAUCUUCAAAAUGUGAUGAUACCCAGCGUUCAGGCUCAAGCCGGACUGGGUCUCUACCCAAAAAAUGAAGUCCCUCUCAUCAACCUCUUUCAACAGCACGUGGGCAGAUGUUAAGAAGGGACACAAGGAGAAAACGAAGAAGAGAAAAGAUCUCUUUCUAGACUCACAAAGCGCUCCCCUGCUUAUCUAACAAUAUAAUUUUUUAACUCGAUUGCCACCCCCGCCGUGCCCGGCUGGUAGAUAUUAGCGAUGCAGCCGGCCUCUCCCCGUUGCUUUCCGCUGAGUUUCCUGUGCAGCCAUCUUGGCCGUGAUCUGUUGCUUUAUCUGUCCCCCUCACACUCUUAAGGAACCUUGUCUUCAUUUCCAUAGUUUGUCCGUCUGUGAAAAGUCAUCUAACAAAGGCUGGCUGACUGAACCAGACCUGGCUGAAGUAGCCUUGGUCCUGACCAGGCACUAACCGCCUGUGGUUGUGAAAGUGUGACCAGGUCUGGUUGUGGUUCAGAAAGGAGUGGUUCUCUGUCUUAUUGUCUACGUCUUGGCCGUCAUCCCCCACCCUGAACCUCAGCCUCUCUCCUAAUUUGGUAAAUUCCUGAUAAUAAUAUAAAAGUGCAGUCUCACUCAUCUGGCAUGCGUUGUUGGCCUGUUGGUUGUGAAGCGUUUCCAUUUCCCUCUUCUGUCCUGCGUUAUCCAUGUAAGUGUCCAGUCAUAAUUGUUGCCACAUUUCAAUGUCUUUAACUUAGGGUCCAAGGCUGACUGAAAAUGUUGCUGGGUAAACUGACACUGAGCUUCUGAAAUGUUUUAACCUACUAAAUGUAGUAUUGUCGAAAUCAAUAGAUAACGGUAUCGUUUCUAAUGUUGUUUCAAUAUGAUUUCCAGUACAUGUAGACAAAGCUACUAAUAGUACUGGGUGUUUUCCCCGUCCACAUGUAACAGAGAUCUGAAGUGCACUGUUCUGACCCUGAAGCAGACUGACUGCUCUGAAACCAAGCUCCCGCUGGACUUGCUACGAGAAUGGCAGAUCCAACGCGAGGACAGAUUCAGACCCUUUCCUCGUUAGUGUAGUCUAGACUUGUAGUCUUCUCUGUCUUACUUGUCCCUUGCUUUCUAUUUCUGUCAGUGCCGCACAAAACAUGAACACAAAACAGCUAGCUGAAGCAAAGCCAUUUUUGACUGCCAAAAACAAUGCGGUGUGUUUUCUCUCUAUAGGUAUUAAAAGACAAACACUGUCAAAAGGUGCUCGUUAUUUAACCAUGUAAAAAGCCUAAAUGUUAUUAGAAAACAUGAGGACGGAUGUGGAGGAAGUGGAGAUUGGUGAUGAAGGCACGAGAGAUGAGUUGCAUAAACUGCUUAUUACUUCCUCCGUACUGCCCAACACCCCCACACUGAAAAGUGUUGUUCCUCAGUUUAAAACCCAACGUGUGUCAUCUGUGGUGUACUCCACCCGUCACGUCACCCUCCCCACAUCCCCAUGUGGGUGUGUGCGUUUGUGCGAGUGAGCCUGUUUUUGUAUGGGUCCUGUGAAUGAAUGUAAAUUAAACUCAAGACCCUGAUUGUUCAACCUGUAAUUAAAAAAAGAAUUGCGACCAGCCACCUAAUAACUUGAAAUAAAUAAAGGGAUUAAAAAUCA